GAGCCACAGAUGAGUAGACAAUUCAGUGACUUCACCGUGCAGUGUGUUCAAUAGACCCGCCAGAACCGUUAUUGUCCAGUUACCCUUCGCUCUAAUUCAUUAUCCCUGUACCUUUAAUUCCCUCCAGAACUUAUUGAUCCCUCCGGCCCUUCCCAGGGCAACCACGACCGAGCCUCAGGUGGAGGGGUACGCACAUCAAAUCCCCCUACGAAGGCUACCAUGGAGGACUUCAACAGUGAAACCGACAGCGACUACACCAGCUACUGGAGAGAUUGGUUCAUCUCCUCGCGGGGCAACGAGUACUUCUGCGAGAUCGACGAGGACUACCUGACCGACCGCUUCAACCUCACUGGCCUUAACACCGAAGUCGAAUACUAUCAAUAUGCUUUGGAUCUGGUCACCGAUGUCUUCGACCUUGAUUGCGACGACGACAUGCGCGAGCGGAUUGAGAAAUCGGCACGGCAGCUCUACGGGCUCGUCCAUGCCCGGUACAUCGUUACCACGCGGGGUCUAGCGAAAAUGGUCGACAAAUUCAAGAAAGGCGAGUUCGGGAAGUGCCCGCGCGUGAUGUGCGAUCAACACCCCCUCCUUCCCAUGGGUCAGAGCGACAUUCCCAACGUCUCCUCGGUCAAGCUCUACUGCGCCAAGUGCGAAGACCUGUACAACCCCAAAUCCACCCGGCACGCCGCCGUGGACGGCGCCUACUUCGGCACCUCCUUCCACAACAUCCUCUUCCAAGUCUUCCCGCAGCUAGUCCCGCUGAAGUCCACGCGACGGUACGAGCCCAAGUCGUUCGGGUUCCGCGUGCAUGCGUAUGCGGCGCUGCAGCGGUGGCAGGACGAUAAGCGGGAUGAGAUGCGGAUACGGUUGCGGAGAGCAGGGGUGGAUUCGGGGUUUGAGGAGGAUGAUGAUGAGGAUUUUGAUGAGCCGGACGAGGUGGAUAUGGAUGCGGAGAAUCUGGAUAAUCCCCUGAAUGACCCGCGAGUGAAUCGAACGACUGUCUGAAGAACAUCAAAAUGGACUCUUUUACCUUACAAUUGAUUCGUCUAUACAUACGGUUGAGUUUACCGGUCCAUUGGAUCCGUCAUGCCAAAACCCGUAGUCUAUGUGGCGUCUAAUGCAUCCUGGACGAUUUGAUAUUGGAUGGAUCAGUAUCGAUGUGGCCAUGUGGGUGGGC